AAAGACAAAGACAGCUGUCUUGCUCAGAUGGUUGAACAACAGAAAAUUACAGAAAGCACUGUGCUGCAAUUAGAUCAGUGGGUGGAAGAAAAAGAUGAAACCAUUAAAGAAUUAAAAGAAAAAUUGGACCUUAAAGAUACUGCCAUAUCACAGCAGCAGCAUUCACUGCUUCUCCGGGAUCAAGAAAUUGCUGAUUUAAGAAGAGACAUUGAAAAUGCCAAUAAACAAAAGCAGUCUUUGGAAAAAAAUGGAGGACAAAUUGACACAGAAAACAUGCAGAAACAAUUUGGUCAGAAGGAAACCUCGUCAUAUAUGGAGGAACUGAGGUUUGAUUUGGGGGCAGAUCAUAGCCAGGAACCUGAUUGGGAGAUGCAGGGGCUAGGUGGACAAACAAAUGUUGAGGUUGACAUCUUCCAAAGCCAGAUUCAAAAUCAUUCUGGUCCCUGUGAACAAGUGCUAAUUUUAAAUGCAAUGAUCAUUGAUCUAAAUAAAAACCUACAAGAAUCCAGUCUUGAGAAAGAGAGACUUCACCAAGAGUUAGAAAAGAUGAUGGUGUCUCAACAGGAAAAAGUUGAAAUUCAGGAGAAAUAUAAAUUUUUGGUUCAGGAUCUGGAAGAACAGACGAAGCUGUAUAAAUGUGAAAAAGAACAUUUAAAUAAUGAAAUUCAAAAGCUCAAUGCUUUUUUGGCCCAAGAGAAGGAAAACAAUGAAGAAAUGAGACUCCGGCAUGAGCAUGAAAUCACAAACUGCAGUAUCAAGUUGGAGAUGAUGGAGAGAGAGAAGGAUGAAGUGCUAAGCCGACUGGCUGAAUCUCAAGAAAUAGAACUUGAGCAACUUAAAACCAAGAUGCUAUUCAAUCAUGAAGCUGAUUUGUCCAAACUUAGGGAAGAUCUUGAAGCACAACACAAUCUAAAAACUGGAGAACUGAGAAAGGAAUUGGAAUGUCUGAAAAAGAAAUUGCACGGUCAAAUACACCAAAAUGAUAUCAAUGAGAAUUUUGAAGCAUUGAAUGAUGAAAAUGUCAUGUUAACUGAGCAGUGUACAGAGCUAACAAAACAGUUGCAACAAAAGGGAAUGGAGCUGGAGAAAUUGCACAGGGAAGCUAAGAUGUCAGCCAGUGAAACUCAGGAAGCUGUCCAGAAGUGGAAAACAGUCACUGAGGAAUUGUCAAGUUUACGUUUAGAAAUGGAAAAGGAAAGUACUGAACGGCUACAUUGUGAAGAGGAAAUAAAGAAACUAAUUCUUGAGAGCAAAGGAAAUAUUCAGCAGUCUGAAUCUGAGCAGAAAAGCAUGGUUUCCACAAUGGAAAAAAUGGAAAAAGACAAAGAAAGUGAUAUUAAUAUGUUAAAGGGGAUGGUACAAGAUCUGGCACAGGAGAAGCAGUUGUUGUUGGCACAGCUACGAGAACAGGAACAGCUAGUCAAAGGAGUCCAAGAACAAAAGCUAGCUGCGGAUUCAGUCACCAGUGAAGUUCAAGCUUUGUUCGGCCGUCAGCUUGCUGCAUUGCAGUCCCAACGAGAUCAGCUACAGGCUCAGCUUGAGGCUCAAAAAGCGAAAAGUCAAACAGUGUCUGAAGUCCUGGGGCAGAAAACCAUGCAAGAAUCAUCUCUGCGCGAAGAGCUCAAAGAACUUCGGUCAGUAUUGAGUGAAAAUGAACAGUAUGUAAAUCAGCUGACUGAAGAGAAAAUCAAGCUUGAAAAUAAAGUAUUGUCAAACGCAGAGGAUCUUUCUAGGAUUGAAGAAGUACUGAGUGGAAUCAAAGCUGAAAAUAAUUGUCUGAGGAAAGACAAGACAGAUUUGAUGCAUAAGCUCCAAGAUCUGGACUGUACAAUGCAGUCUGAGAUUCUAGCCCUGGCCAAUGAGUUGAAGGGAAAGGUUGCAGAAUUGCAAAAGCUAGAGGUGGCCAUGGAAGAACAAAAGGCUCAACAUCUUGAGGAACAUACUGCUCUGAAAUUGGAGGUCAGCAACGAAAGAAAGAUUCAACAGAAAUUGGAACAAACUUUCAAUGAAAAUAUACAAACUAUGCUUGAAGAACAGGAAGAGAGGCUUGAUUAUGCAGUGCAGCAGGCUCGGGCAGAUGUGACCAGCCGUUAUGAGGAAGAACUGAACCAAAUGGAACAGUUGCAUCAGUCUGACAUGAAGAAUUUGAAACUGCAACAUCAGAAGGAGUUAGAUGAAUUGAAUGCAGAAGUGAAAAAGGCAUUUGACUUGCAACAGAAACAGGAAGAUGAAAGAAGAAAACAAAUUGGAUUAAUUAAACGGGUUCAUGAAAGGGAGCAUGAUAGAGAGAUGAGUACACUGAUUACUAAACAUAAAGAGGAAGUGGAGCAACAGCGGGCAGAAUUGACACAGGAGCAGCAGGAUCUGUUUAAUGAUAUUCAGGCACAAAUGGAGUCCGCACAUGAAGCAGAACUGUACGAAAUUCAGCUUCAAAUGCAGAAAGGACAUAGUCUUGAAUUGGAAUCCCUGCGCCUGAGUCUGAACAAUAUGCACAGAGCUCAGCUUGAGCUUCUGCAGUCUAAUCUGCAGCGUGAGAAGGAGGAGGCGCUUGCUGAGCUGCGAGAGGUGCUGAAUGAUAAACGACGCCAGGAGGUGGCAGUACUACAGAACCAACAGCACAUAGAAUUGGAGCGAAUUAGGGAACAAAAUCUGCAGCAAAUGGAGCAAGCUGUGAAGAAACACCAACAGGAAAUGGAGGAUUUAAGGAAGGCAUCGGAAGAAGCAGCUGCUGGUUUGAAGGCCACAGUGAUCGCAGAGGAGACAAGAAAACUGCAGGGUAUGCAAAAGGAAUGGGAAGAGGAGUGUCGGCGGCGUGUUGAGAAGUGGGAGCAGACAAUGUCUACACAGCAUCAAACUGAACUGGAAGAGUGGAGCAAGAAGGUGGAAAACCUGCAGAAUGAACUUGAAGUAAUCCGUAAUGAAAUAGAGAAGCACCAAGUGAUUGAGAAAAAUAGUAAUUUCCUGGUACUUGUGUGGUGA